AUGACAGGCAAAGAAAAACUAGAAAUGGGCAAUGUCGAAAGGCUGAAAGUCUGCAUGACUGACGGUACUGAGAUUGAUGAUGACGAAAUUUUGAAAAGUUGCUCUGAUGGAACUAUCCUUCAUUUCAUCUGCGAGUCGGAUGCAGAGGCCUCUCAAGAAAUGGCUGAAAAACCCAGUUCCCAGAGGGUUUUUUCGUCAACCAGUUAGUAUAUUAUAAAAUAGAUGUAUAUAUUUUUUAUACUUUUCUUGUCAAAAAAAUAUAUAAGGUCAGAUGAGAUGGGGUACAUUUGUUUAAUAUACCUCCCCCAGUAUGCAACGUAACAUUUUUGUGCAAUAACAGAAGGAAAUUGUGUGCACCAGAGAGGGAUUAUUGGGUAAAACUGUAAAUUGUGCACCAAUUUGUGCAUCAAGAGCAGCCUUUGUGCACGGCACAUGUGCGAUGCACAUCGCCUUCAUUCCAUACUUGCCUCCCCCCAGAUCAAUCUAGUAUUUAAAUAAAGGCCUUUUCUGAAAGGUCGUUAACAAAUUCUUACCAGUACAGUCUCUUGUUCCCUAUCAUAUAUGGCAUGCUGCAAUGCAUGAAUGUAUGAUGUAUAUCAUCAUAUACCUGACCAUAAUCCUAAUCCUCAAUUUCAUCCAAAGUCUACUCCCCCCCAACCCUACUAGACUUUUACUUGUGGGACAACCUUAAGCAGCUAUAUUAUAUAUGCAUAUAGAUCUGUAUGUCAUACAUCAUCAUAGGAAACAAGAGACCAUGUUGUUCUGACAGGGUCGAGGUAUUUUAGACUUUAUCCAUAGAGGAUGGGGUGGCUGUGUAGGUGUAUAUUGAGUACUAAUAGAAAAUUGGCACACCCUAAUUUUUUGUUUUGAAUAUAAAUAAAAAAAACUCUCAAAAUUCUGUUUUGUUUGGCAAGAUGCCCAUUUUGAAAAAUGGAAUAUUUAUGUGAGCUGAGUAACAGUAGAAUACUGACAGUAUUAUUGGCAUAUGUUACCUAGCUCCUGUUAAAAAGAACAAAUUUAAACAAAUGACACUGACUGCUGGCAUUGGAAACACAAUUUCUAUUGGAGCUGGAGGUACGUAGUGUUGCAAUAUUAUGUAAUAACUAGUGGAUGAAAGGGAUAAAUUAAGUUACAGUAAGUAUGUUUCUAUAAACCAAUUGCUGUUAGUGUCGGAAAUUUUGUCUACAGUAUCUUUGAGAAUAUUAUUCAUUUUUUGACACAAAUCAUUCAAAAUCAGGUGUAUAUAAGAAAUUUCACUGCUAAAUAAAUGUUGCUGCAUGUAAAAACAAAAAGUUAACUGUAAAAUAUACAGUAAGAUUAAUAUUUUAUGCUUUGACAUUGAAAAUAAACAAUAAACUGUGAAAUAUAAACUGCAAAAUGCAGAUAGCUUGUUAAGAUACAAUCUUCUCUGUAAGUGACAAUAUGCAAAGCAUUGAGAAAUAGAAGCAAUGCAAGGUAUCUGAAUAGCAAAUAUUGUACAAUACAUUGUAAAUGUCUCCAUUGUUAAUUUUAGGAGAAAGACAGUGAGCAUGAGAGAACACUUGUUGAGCUAAGUGUUGACAAGCUUCAAGAAAGAGCAAAAAUAUUUUCCUGUACCAAUCUCACAAAUUAUCAACAAAAUGUAAAUGCUGCUGCCCUAGAGUUAUGCAAGGAUGAUGCAAGUCUUUUAUUAAAUAAGGGAAAAUUAUUUGAAGAAGCUCGGUUAAAAGUGGAUGCUUCUGGAUAUCAAUAUGCAAAAAUGGCAUCAAGAUCAACUGUCUAUGGCACUGGCAAGCAACCAGGAAAACCAAAACGAAAAUAUGUAGGUGCUGAAAUAAGAGCUGCUAGAGUAAAAGAGCUAACAGAGUCCAUAUCAUCUCUUAAAGAAACGAUUGAGUUGCUAUGUAAACAAAAGCAGCAGUACAGCAAUGCUGAAAAGUUCCUUCAAGCAGCCGAUGUUAAUUCAUCCAUUCUUGAAAAAAAUCGAGAGAAAGGCAUGCUUGAAAACGAGUUGAAAGCACUCAACAAAUCAGAAAAGGCGUUGAGAA